ACUUCCACUUUCCCCUUCACUCGUCUUCUCACAAGCGCCCUAGCCAUGCUCAAAGCAAAACAAGCAAAAAUCUACAUCCCAUCCAACUCUUCUGAUCUCCGGCCGGCGAACUCUUGCUUCUCGACGUUGCUCGCAGUAGCUGGAGUAUCCGUCCUGGCGCGAGCGUGAGGAUCCUGGCGGCGUUGUCGUCCCCAAGCGCGCCAUCGGGACGGGUCGUCCUUUUCCCCGAGCGAGGCAACCGGAUUCGACAUCGCAUUCUUCCAUCUGCAGUUCCUCUUUCUCCCCUUGCUCUAGCUGGCUUUGCAGGGCAGUGGAUUGGAGCGACCCACUGGCCAUGCUGUAAAUUCAUCGUGCCUCUUCAUCAGGCUAUGAGAUCUGGAUCUCAGAGUUGAAUCUGGCCCCUGUUUCCCGUGCAAAGCUGCACAUCAGUAUCUCGAGUUGCAAAACCUAGAGCACGAGUGGCAGAGGACAAGUUUCAUUUUUUAACCAGGACCAGUACCAUGUGGAACAAGGUAGAUCUCAAAAGUGACCAGCCAUGUAAGCUAUCAUACCAAUUCAUAAAACAGGUUACAAAUGAUUACGACCAGGAGCUAGUAGUUGGCAGUGGUACAUUCGGAACAGUGUACAAGGGUAUUUGUGAAAAUCGACAAGAAAUUGCUGUGAAGGUACUUAGGAACAUCAUAGAGAUUGAUAAUAAGGAUUUCCAAAAGGAGUUCCAGAACCUUAGGAGGCUAAAGCAUCAAAAUGUUGUUCGGCUACUAGGUUUCUGCAAUGAAACAGAGAAAGUACUUGUAGCAUAUAAUGGGAACCAAGUUGUUGCUGACAAGAUGCAUAAGGCGCUUGUCUUCGAGUAUGUACGGAAUGGUAGCCUUGGCAAUCAUAUUUCUGCUCAUGGAUGCUCAGGAUUUAAUUGGCAUAUACAUUACAAAAUAAUCAAGGGGAUCUGCCUGGGUUUAAACUAUCUUCAGAAUGGAUUCGAGCUUUCAAUAUGGCAUUUGGACUUAAAACCUGAGAAUAUAUUGCUAGGUAAAAAUAUGAUUCCGAAAAUUGCAGAUUUCGGACUAUCAAGACUCUUAGGCGAUGAAAACACAAGAAAGACAAUCAACGCCGUUGGUACACGUGGUUACUUGCCCCCAGAGUAUAUAGACCAAGGUCUACUCUCAAAAAAGUUUGAUAUAUUUAGUUUGGGUGUUAUAAUUGCAAAGUUAAUGGCCGGAACUGAUGACUACUUCAAGGCUCAUGAGAUGGGAGAAAAAGGAUUUGUCAACCAUGUAAUUGACAAAUGGAGGAAAAGACUACGUGCAACAUUGACCGAGAGGCCACUCGAAGUAUAUUGUGAACAGGUCAGGAUAUGCAUCCAGAUAGCAGUAAAAUGCAUGAAUUAUGAGCGAGAGGAAAGACCCACUAUACAGUCCAUUGUCUCUGAUCUGAUAGAGACGGAAAAAAUGAUAGGCAGCCUAGGGCUGGAGACAGAACAGUUCAGCGACGAAGAACCCAUUCUUCCCGAGGGAGGUAUCCAGGCUAGAUCUCCAGACAAAAGGGAGAAAAAUACACAUGCUGCCGCGAACGGCGUCUGCGUCCGACACGAUGGUGUCCAGGUACCGGCCGAGCGAAGCAGUGGGGGCGUGGACGGAGAGCCUUGGGUCAGAGAGCGGCUUUGUCAGCGAGAAGUACGGCGCCAAGAUGGAGCAGCUCUCAAGCCUCGUUGCCGCCGGAGCGGACGAGGUUGGGUACGGCGCGGAGAUGAUGGAGCUUCAGAAUUCUGCGGGGUCGAGGCAGCGGGGCGAGAGGUGCCUCCCGCCGGCGAUGCCGAGGCCGGCUGGGGCGUUCAUGCGCACGGAGCGACGUGGUGGGCGGCUGAUCCUCACCCGGGAGGUGCGGCCGGUCGAGCGGCCACAGGAGGCUUUACAUGCGUCCCGCGCCGGCGGGCGCCUGCUCCUGGAGAUGCCUCGAAAUUGGACGUCAUGACGAUGGGGAUAUGAUCGAGGCGAUGAGAUCAAUACACUCGUGAGUCGUGCCUCGAUUCGAAUGCCGCCGCUGGAUUGGAGAGUAGCCUGCUGCUUCAAAUGCAUUAUUGGUUCCCUUUUAUUCUUUAUAUUUUCCAUUUCUUACUUACAAGAGACAGUUGCGAAAUGAGGUACGCGGUAGUUUUCGUUUUGAGAUCUCAUCGUCAUGUACGUAGAUUUUGUACUCCAGGAUUAAUUCCCGAUAGAAUUCACUCUUUAGACUGGUUUCUCUCUUGAUGAUAUUAUUUGGGGAUCCAUGAUAGAAUAAUAUUGCAAUAAGGAUUUACCUUUUGCAUGCA